UGUAUGGUGGUGCGUAGCGUUCAGACUAAAACAGAUCCGAAAGGCUAAGGAGACGUGUUACUAGUCGCCAAAGGGAAGAAGGAAAAAGACGGCAAAAUUAGGGUAGAGGAUAACUAAGGAGAGAAGAAACAGAAACGGAACCGAGCAGAAAAGAAUCCCAAUACACAUAUUAGAUAUCUAAUUUUUCUCUUCAAUGGAGUAACCUUAAGCAGUCAGACAUUUGACGGAUAAGGCGAGGACAAAUUACAUUGAACCUUGACACUCUGAAAGCGUAAAUCGGAUUAAACGGUUUCCUUGCAUGUCGAAGAAACACCCCAGUCUUCUUCGAUUAAAGUCAUCGCGGGUUCAGAAUACAGAGAGGGAUAGCUUCGUCUUAAGACAUUAAUUUGGCAAAGCUUCACAGCAGCGGAACUGUGUAUUGCACGGGGGGUGCUGAUAGAUUUUGUCUGUGAAAAAAAGGGGAUUUACAUCACCGUCAUGAGUUCGUUAAUAAAACUGAGGAGAAGGAAGGAGGAUUCUGCGGGGCAGGGAGGUUCUGAACACGAGGAUUCAGGGGACUUAACCUCUGAUGAUGGGAAGCUUGAACAUCGCCUCAGUUCAUCCAGCCUGACAUCGGCUUCCUCUGACAGCGAUACCGAGUCUCCAUCUCCCACACAUCUACGACGCGAGAGAAGACCAGCCAUCUAUGAUACGCAGAAUGUUGGCGACCUGAUCUGUGGUUCUUCGGGCCUAACGCCCUCUACAUCUGUUGACGAGCCAGAUCUUCUCAAGGGAAUGAUAGCUUUAAAGCGUCGUGAUUCCGUGGACCUGGAGACCACUACUUAUCAGGUGGACCGCGCUCUCAGAGAUCGAAGAAAGAAACUGGUCAAAAGGAACACCAUCGCGGAUUUCUAUAAACAUGAUCCAAAUUCAGACACCAACACAGCGGAGUACAGAAGAGGCAAACAGACAUUCCCAUUUUCAUUCAACAAACUUAUCCGCACCAAAAGCAAAGAUGAGAUGACGAAACUAAGUGAAGCGCUGACCACUCUGACGCCCUCCAAGUUUUCAGACAGUGAUUUAUCUGGAUACAAAUCAUUCCACUGGUCUGAUCUGAUAGCGAGAACAGAAAAUGACGAGAAACCUCUCAAACUUCCUGAUGCAGAACGCAAAAGGCGAGAAGCAAUAUGGGAACUGUUCACAAGCGAGUGCGUUUUUCUGAUCGAUCACCUUAUGGUCCUCAAACAUUGUUUUAUGGAACCUCUAAAGAGACUACAGGUGGAUGGUCAUCUUAUGUUCGCUGAGCCUAAUGACAUUUUUAGUAACCUGGACGAGCUGUGUUAUGUUAGUUAUACUUUCUGUAAAGAGCUGAUUACAGUUCUGUUACGAAACAUGAAGUCUGAGGAAAUCUGGCCCGCGUCAUCUCUUGUAGAAGCACUGGAUAAGUUCUCUAAACUUUCUGAAGAUGGGAACGUAUACCACACCUAUUGUAUAUCAUACUCAAAAUGCCUGGAAUAUGUGGAGAGGCUCAGAAAGAAUGAGAAUUUUGUGGAAUUUGAAAAGUGGUGUUCUCAAGAUCCUCGAUGUCGGAGGCUACAGUUGAAUGACUUUUUAGUGUCCCCGAUGCAGCAUUGCACAAAACUUCCUUUGCUGCUGGCAAACAUUAGGAAAUAUACGACUUCAGAUUACGACAAAAGUAUUUUAGCGCUGACAAUUGGCAAAGUAGAAAUUUCCCUCCAAUGUUUAGACGAGAAGAUGAGAAGGGAACGAAAUACAAAGCGACUUCAAGAACUCCACCAACAAAUAAUGUGGCCGACCGUGACAGACCUCGACCCCCGGACAUACAUUCCAGAGUGCUUACGUUCAUCUUUCUCAUCACAACCAUGUUCCACCCUCCUAUCCUGCCCACACCGGCUCCUUCUACACGAGGGACAACUUACCCUAGUUCAAACAACGAAAAAUGUUGAUGUUUACAUCUUUUUAUUCGAUGACAUGUUGAUUAUUACCAAAACCAAACGAGGAAGGAAAAAGCUGUCCGAUCCGAGUCAGACGGAUGGUCGGUCUUUCUACGUGGUUUAUAGGCAACCGAUUGACCUCAGCUGUCUUAAAUUUCACGAUGUCGACACCUAUGACAUUUCAGGUAGUGGUAUUAAAAAUGCGUUAGUUUUGGUUCAAGUGAGUGCAUUCCAGCAGGUCAUAGGGUUAUACACCCUACAGUGUCAAUCAGAAUUCAUUAAGGAUAUGUGGAUAUCAAAGUUAAAUGACGCCAAAUCAAAAUGUCACCUUGUUAGGAAGGAUCCGUGUCUGGAGGCUGUAGCGCCACAGCCUGUCCCAGUGAGAGAACAAUCUCCCAAAACGAGGCGACGAAUACGCAUGCUCAGGAAUCACAAAAAGAAAUCUAUGUCUAUGGAUACAUUGUUUACAUGUAGUGAAUGAUCUGUUAUAAUCUUAAGAAUUCGUCGUGUACAUUUCAAUUCCAAUCUAUCAUUGAUCUCUGUUUUACCCUUAUACUUGAAUAAGGUUAACAUUAAAAUCCAGAUGGGGACAAAUGGCACUUAAUUUCUACAUUUGAUAUGCUUUAUACAUAAUUAAUGUCUAGACAAUCAUGGGCAGGUUAUCUUUUUAAGAUGUCUGGAGUUCGUUAUUGUGUUAUUGCAGUUUUUUGUUAUUGUUCGAUUUGUUUACUGGUACUUUGAUUCUAAUACGCAGAAAUAAUGAUAAAAGCCUUAACGUUUUAUACACAAUCUUUAUUUAGUAUCAUCUCUCUAUAAAGCACUCUGUGAUGCUUCUCUUCCCCAUUUAUAUAUUUAUUUUAUUUCACAUUCAGAGAUAUUGUUAUUGUUUAUCGUCCAUUAUUUUUACAUAUGAUAUUGUUGUAAUAAAGCGUAUUACAGGUAUA